AAUGGCAACGGCGUCGACGGCGCUUCAUUUCGACUCGACAUUUUGAUAGUUGAUUUUUGUUCUGUUAAUGUUUGAACUAUUUUAUUUUGCUGUUACGUUUUGUUUAUACCUUCAAGUGUGUGAAGUGUGUUUAUUAAGUCUUCAUUGUUUGUGAGUGUCGUCAAAAAGUUGUUUCUCAUAUCAGGAUGAGUGCAUUCGAAGUAACUGUGACCCCGACCCGUCUAAAACAAAAGAAAUGCUCCGAGAUUCGCCAGCCGGUAGAUGUGGUCAUGGCGCCAUUUUCGGCUAAAGCGAUUGUGCAAUUCGAGGAUGUGCCCAUUACCAAGACCGCAAAGCGCAUUCUGCGUGUAAUUAAUCCUAGCAAUGAUGACAUUGAGGUCAAAGUAACCAAGGCCAUCAGAGACGAGCACAAUGUCAAGCUUGAAUGGACAGAAACAAAUGUGCCCGCCCAAGACGAGGUAUCCAUGGAACUGGUUUGGAUUCCACAGAUGGAAAUUGCAUGCAAAGAGACGCUGCAAUUGAUAGAUAAUCGCAAUUUUCGCAAGGAUGUCAUGGUUAUACUCAAGUCCAGAAGCCUUCAGCCGGCAAGGACGACACGCAAAUUCCCGACAGUCGGUAAGACGCUACAGCUAAAAUCUCCGACUGGCAACAGCAAAUCUCACAAGUCCCUCAAUACGUCAGUGAAUCAGAAAAAACGCUUGUCCAGUGCGCCAGCGAACGCAACAACAACUGCAACAACUGUGAAGAAACAUUGGGUUAACGUGCCAGCGGCACGCGUAAAACGAGUUGUGUCUGAAACAAAAGCGCCGCUAAGCGAUCGCAAUGUAUUUGAGGCGGCGCCUCCUACCUAUAACAGAACUGAAAUGAAGGGAUACGUGUCGCCACAGCCUCUCAGCUGCAAGGAAAAUGUUAGUCCUCUGACACCGGGAAAUGUAUUCAGUUUAAUUGAUGACAUGCAAUUCACUCCGCUGACCAACAAGGCAAAUGGAGCGUCUUCGGCAGCUCCCCUGACAGAUAAUUUAGCUGCCUGGCCUACUCCAAAACUGAAUGAAAACGGAUCUCAUAUGCACAAUCCCGCCAGCGCGUUGCGGCCCCGUCGACUUGGGUCAGCGCUGGACGAGGACCAGCACAGUGCCAACGACGGAGGCCAAGUUAUUGUGAACAAAACAUUCGAUAUCAAGCUCUCGGAUACAAUGAACAUUUCCGUUGACACUUUGGACUGUUCACCCAGAAAUCAACUAAUGCAAACGCCAACGCUCGUUCUGAACAAGACGACGGUUAUAGGGCAAGCAACACAGCCGCGUGCCUUGGCCUGUAUACGCGAGGAGGGCCCUAGCCCCCCGAAGCUGGAGACACAAUCUCCACCCCCAAGGAGCAAAGUGCAUGAUCUGAAGCGGGACGUAAACCUUAUUGGCUCGCCGUUGCGGAAAUACUCAGAGUCUAUGGGUAAUCUUUCGUUGUUGUCGCCACAGUCUAAGUUUGCCAUACAGGGCUCCAUGCCUAACUUGAAUGAAAUACAGAAGAUUUCCUCCAUUGACCAGAAUCGGUACUAUCAACAACAGCAGCCGCCGGCGCCAUCACAGCAGGCGGUCAAACAAUUUGUAAAUCCGUCUCUCGACAGCUCCUGCAGCAGUGAAACGAGCGCAGUGUCGCAGCCUGAUGUGCUCUUCAAUCAUUGCGAGAUUCUAGCUCAAUCCAGUCGCUUCAAUUUGCACGAAGUGGGUCGCCAAACGCGCCAGGGAAGUCCUGUCACAGAAAGGAAGCAGGUCAACGGAGCUGUCAUUGGGUACAAGCGGCGCUGCCAUGAGCUGAGCUUCUCAGAUGCACCCAGCAACGAGUCACUGCAUCGCAACGAGACGCUAGCCAUCUCACCACCCAAACGGCAGCGAUUCGAGAGCAGCAGCAACUUGACGCCCGCCAACGCUUCAGCGAGAGGCAAGAAGGCAUGGUCCCAGACGCAGCCGAAGAAACUGAAAUUGGCACAGACGAUGUCGCUGAUGAAGAAACCCGCCACACCGGUCAAGAAACGAAAUCAAACUACAGUUAAGCUCUAUAAUUCCGACCUCUAUAUGCAAACCUACAUCAAUCCGGAUCCAUUUGCUGCAACCACGACUAUCGAUCCAUUUCUGGCUUCGACCAUGUACUUGGACGAGCAGGCUGUGGAGCGCCACCAGGCGGACUUUAUAAAGUGGCUGAAUGCAUUAGUGAGCAUUCCCGCUGAUCUGGAUGCGGACAGCAAUAACAAAAUUGAUAUAGGCAAGCUGUUCAAUGAGGUGCGCAACAAGGACCUGUCGCUGGCGCCCACGAAGGAGGAACAAUCGAUGAACUAUUUGACCACGUCUCGUCUGGAGUCGCUGCGUCGCGCCGCCGUCGAGUUGUUCUUCAGCGAGGAAAUGCGCCUGCCCUGCUCCAAGGUCGCCGUCUAUGUGCAGAAGCAGGCGCUGCGCAUCCGAAGUGAUCGCAACCUGCAUCUGGACAUGGUUAUGCAGCGCACCAUAUUGGAGCUGCUGCUAUGCUUCAAUCCCCUCUGGCUGCGUCUCGGCCUCGAAGUGGUGUUUGGCGAGAAGCUGCAUCUGCAAUCGAACCGCGACAUUGUGGGCUUAACUACUUUCAUCCUAAAUCGCCUGUUCCGCAACAAAUGCGAGGAGCAAAAGUACAGCAAGGCGUAUACGCUGACCGAGGAGUACGCGGAGACCAUUAAGAAGCACACGCUGCAGAAAAUACUAUUUCUGCUGCUGUUCCUCGACCUGGCCAAGCAGCGGCGCAUCAUCAAGCACAAUCCCUGCCUGUUCGUCAAGAAGUCGCCGCACAAGGAGACCAAGGACAUUCUGCUGCGAUUCUCCUCCGAGUUGCUGGCCAACAUUGGUGACAUAACGCGCGAGCUGCGCCGCCUGGGCUACGUACUCAAGCACAAGCAGACCUUCCUCGACGAGUUCAACUAUGCUUUCAGCAAUCUAGCCGUUGAUCUGCGCGAUGGCGUCCGGCUCACGCGUGUCAUGGAAGUCAUCCUGCUGCGCGACGAUCUUACCCAGCAAUUGCGUGUUCCGGCCAUUUCAAGGCUGCAGCGCAUUUUCAAUGUGAAGCUGGCCCUGGGCGCCUUGCGCGAUGCAGACUUCCAGCUGAGUGGCGACAUCAGUGCCGCCGACAUAGUGGAUGGAUAUAGAGAGAAGACGCUCUCCCUGCUGUGGCAGCUGUGCUACAAGUUUCGUUCGCCCAAGUUCCAUGCUGCCGCCCGAGUCGUGCAGGCCUGGUGGCGCCGUCGCUGGCUGAGAGUCGUUAUCAAGCGUCGCAUUCGCGAACGCGCCGCUAUUCGCAUACAAACCGCCUUCCGGAGCUACCAGGCUCGCAAGUAUGCCAAAUCCUACAGAGAGGAACGUCUGCGGGCUGUCAUCGUCCUUCAGAAAUAUACCCGGCGAUACCUCGCCCAAAAGCACUUCGCUCAGAUGCAUCAAAGCAUUGUCCUCAUUCAGGCCUGGUGGCGUGCCAAUCGUCAGGCCCGUCAAUGUCGCCAGGAGCUCCUCCAGCUGCGCAAAGCGACGAUAUUCCUGCAACGCAUAUGGCGCCGUCGCCUGUUCUGCAAGAAGUUGCUGAUGGCUGCCAGUGCUGCGCGUCGGCAACUGGAUCAAAAGCGCUACGCAGCCGCUUCCUGUAUAGAAAUGCGUUGGCGCUCUUAUCGUAUGGCCAAGGAGCAGCGUAGGAUCUAUGUUCGUCAGCGCGAACUCAUCAUCUUUGUACAGCGAACCGUGCGGAGCAAGCGGCUAAUGCAGGAUGCGCGAAAGCGUUUCCAGCUACUGCGAAGCUCUGCAGUGGUAAUCCAAAGAUGCUAUCGAGCCCGCUUACAGAUGCUCGAGGCCCGUCGCUGCUUCUUAGAUAAACGUCGGAGCGUUAUAGUUCUGCAGCGCUGCUGGAGAGCAAAGCUGGAGAUGCGAGCACAGGUUGCCAAAUAUCAAAGGCUUAAAACGGCCACCAUAUUGAUACAGAGAAGAUAUCGGGACCUUCUCCUGAUGCGUCAGCAACGCAGUGCUUUUCUACAGAUGAGAAAUGCGGCCAUUGUGUUGCAGAGAUGUUGGCGCACUCGGCAAUCGACCCGCACCCAGCGGGAGCAGUAUCAGCGUCUGCGCCAGGCGACGAUACUGAUGCAGCGCCGCUUCCAUGCAAACAAAGCAAUGCGCAUACAACGCGCCAGAUAUCGGGGCACCCAGGCAGCUGUCGCCUGCCUGCAGAUGCAUUGGCGCAACUAUUUGCUUGGAAAGAGUCACCGCCAAGCCUUCGUAGCUCAGCGCAAGGCAGCCAUAAGGAUCCAGAGAUGGUUCAGAGGCUGCCUGGCCGUGCGGUCUGCUCGCAGUAACUAUCGACGCCAACUGGCUGCAGCCACUCGCAUUCAGCUCUGGUGGCGAAGCCUGCUAGUCAUGCGCGUAGCAAAGAAGCAAUAUCAGCAGCUGCGCUCAGCUGCGAUUUCGAUUCAGCUUAGGUUCCGGGCCACGCUGAUCAUGCGCCAACAACGCUCGGAAUUUGUAAAGCUCCGACAAAUCGCAAUCCAUUUGCAGCAAAAGUUCCGCGGAAAACGUCUGAUGCUGGAGCAGCAAGCGCAUUUGCAGCUCCUAAGGCGCUCCACUUUGGUCUUCCAGUCCUAUGCGCGCGGCUAUUUAGCGCGCAAGCGCUUCCAGGCCCUGAUGACUCCCGAAAUGAUGGAGUAUCUCAGCCAGAAACGGGCGGCCAAGGUGAUUCAGCGCUACUGGCGUGGCUAUCGUACGCGCAAGCACCAGCGGCACGCCAGAAUUCUGGCCAUAAGACGGCGCCUCUUGCAGCUUCGCCAGGAGGCGACGGCCUUCAAUUCGGUGCGCGCCAAAGUACAGGACUCUGUACGUAUACUACGUGGGCGUUUCAUCGCCUCGGAUGCUCUAGCCGUUCUCAAUCAGCUAGAUCGUCUCUCCCGCACCGUGCCACAUCUGCUCAUGUGGUGCUCCGAGUUCAUGUCCACCUUCUGCUAUGGCAUCAUGGCGCAGGCUAUUCGCUCGGAGGUGGACAAGCAGUUGAUUGAGCGAUGCAGUCGCAUCAUUCUCAAUCUGGCGCGCUACAACAGCACCACGGUUAACACGUUCCAGGAGGGCGGUCUCGUAACCGUCGCCCAAAUGUUACUCCGCUGGUGCGACAAGGACAGCGAAAUCUUUAACACGCUCUGCACGCUGAUAUGGGUAUUUGCCCACUGCCCCAAGAAGCGAAGGAUAAUACACAAUUUCAUGAGCAACACCGAGGCGAUUUACAUGGUGCGGGAGACGAAGAAACUCGUCGCCCGCAAGGAGAAGAUGAAACAGAAUGUGCGGAAGUCAACGGCUCCUGUCAGUGGCUCCGGUCGUCAUGGACAGCAGAUGCCCAAUUUCUCGCCGCGUUCCUUGCCCAGUCUGGAGCCAGAUUUCGGCAUAAUACGGGGUAGGCCCUAUACGUUCAUAUCAUCAGUGUUUGCCUUUGACACGAUUCUUAGUAAGCUUCACAUUGAAUUAUUUUAAGAGAUGGAUACUUUUUAAGUAGGCGUCAGAGCUCGUCUGAAAUCGAUAGUUCAAUGUUAUAUAUAGACUCUUGUCAUUUUUGUAUUCUACGUAUUAAGUUAUGUUGUGUAAAUUUCAAAAAUAAAUGAAUAAACGAUGCGUUUUUAUAUAAUUCAAACUA